UUUAGUUAUUUAAGCCGUAAUUUCGAUUACUGGUCAUCUCGUGGUAUAAAAGGUCCCAAACCUAUCGUAUUAUUAGGAAAUGUUUGGGAAAUGUUUUUUCGUACUUUUCAUGAAAUUGAAGACAACAGGCUUAAGACAUACGGAAGUAUUUAUGGUACAUAUAUGGGAUCAGAACCACAACUAAUAGUAGCCGAACCAGAAUUAGUGAAGAAUAUUAUGAUCAAAGACUUUAACCUUUUUGUAAAUCGUAACGAUUUAGCAGAUAUUGAUGUAAUACGAGAUCACAUGUUGACAGCCGUUAAAGAUGAUGAGUGGAAACGAUUGCGAUCUAUUGUAAGACUCAUUUACUAUACGAUUAGUUCACAAAUUGUUUCUCCGACAUUCAGUACCGGAAAGAUUCGUAAAAUGUAUGCAUUGGUUGAGCACUGCGUUAAAGGUGUGGACAAAAUGCUGGAAAAGGCGGCGAACGGCGAUCAAGAGAUUGACGUGCGAUCACUGAUGGGUAACUACACUAUGGAUGUGAUCGCCAGCUGUGCCUUCGCUACGAAGACUGACACACAUAACGAUCCGAACAAUCCAUUUGUAGUCAACGCUAAGAAACUGUUUAAUCUAAACAUUUGGAGAUCUUUUGGAUAUAUGACAAUGAAAUCAGUGAUGAAAUUCUUCAAUAUACCAAUAUUAGAGCCGACGACUACUGAAUUCUUUAUCAAAGCUAUCACAGAAAUUGUGAAUCAAAGAAGGAAAGACAAGAGUGGACGCCAUCACGACUUUCUGCAACUUUUGAUUAACGCACAGAAAAAUGUAAACGAUUUAGAAGACACCGACGACCAACUGAUGGACGCGGAGGCGCACCACGGGAUGGAUGACAACAGCAAACUCUUGACUAACAAAUCCAAACUGGAAGUGACAGACCUCGACAUACUGUCUAAUAGUCUUCUUUUCUUUUUGGCCGGUUUUGAGACAACUGGUCAUCUGUUGUCACACAUGAGCUAUUUGUUGGCCAUUAAUCCCGAGUGUCAGAAGAAACUGAUGGAAGAG